UUUUUUUGAUCAAGACGAUCGAAUCGAAGACGGAGUGUUAAAAAACAAGCUUCGCUCUUUCUUUAGUUGUUCUCAAGAUCUUCAGAGACUACAAGGGAAGAUCAAAGUAAUUAAAGGAGCUGAAGUAGGAGGACGUGAUGUUUUCUCUUAUGUCUGGACUAUGGAGUUACAUGUUUAGCAAGACUGAGUUUCAUGUGCUUAUUCUUGGUAUCGACAAAGCUGGGAAGACGACAUUUUUGGAGAAAUUGAAGACGAUAUACUCAAUCUCGGAAGGCCUUCCUCAUGAUCGAAUUGUUCCUACUGUGGGGCUAAAUAUUGGUCGUAUUGAAGUCUCCAAUGCUAAAAUUGUGUUUUGGGAUCUGGGAGGUCAGCCUGGUUUGCGGUCAAUUUGGGAGAAAUACUAUGAAGAAGCACACGCGUUGAUAUAUUUGAUAGAUGCAGCUUGCCCAACCCGCUUUGAAGAUUCAAAAUCUGCUUUAGAGAAAGCCCUGCGGCAUGAGGAUUUGCAAGGAGCUCCUCUUUUGAUUUUGGCAAACAAGCAAGACCUCCCAAAUGCUGUGUCGGCCGAGGAACUGGACCGCUACCUUGAUCUAAAGAAAUUGGAUGAAAGGGUGUACAUGUUUGAAGCAGUUUCUGGAUAUGAUGGGCGAGGAAUCAAAGAAAGUAUAGAAUGGCUAGUCGGCGUGAUGGAGAGAAGCAAAAGAACCGAAACAUUAAGAGCCCGUGCAGGGUACACUCCUGUGCCUAAUUCAUAGACACGAAAAGGACUCGCAAACUCAACUCUCCAAUCAACUGAUUUCCUCUGGAAACAUUUGUAGAUAAAACAGACCUGAAUCUUUGCAUUGUUUUGGCUCAGCAUCAAAUUCACAUGAUGAGUAGGAACUAGUAAAUCUUCACUAAUGUUAUGAUUCAAUUGAGAUUUUGUGGUCAUGAUUGCAUUUAGUUACCCCUUUGUACUACUGCAAACCAAUAAUGUAAUCAAGUUUCUU